AUGUCUUCUUCACCCGCCUCUCAGCGCGCUCAAAAGCGAUCUCGCGACGACGAUGACACCACAGGCUCCAAGCGGCCUCAUCUCAUGCUCUCACAGAUCUCUGAAGCCACCGACGACACGCGCAUUGCCGCCCGCCAUGCUAGGAAGGACGUGGCAACCAUGGACUUGCUUGAGGAGAUGGAGUGGGAUUUGGAUACUGUUGACACGUCCCUCGAAAAUCAGCAGCUCGCUGCUGACAUCCUUCACGCCGUCCGAAAGAACCACGAUCAAACCAAAUUACACGCGCACCCAGAUUGGGCUGUCAACCCGAACGCAGGCCCCGAAGAACGAGUAGCAUUCCUUGAAAAGGCGAUAUAUGUCCGCCCUCACAUCAGUGAGGCAUUAUUGGAUGCCUUCAAAGAUGGGAAAUUCCAAACCAUUCGAAACGCCGCCUUCUUCAAACGACCGUACGUUGGGCCUCAGGUCUCUAAGUCAAUGGAAAACCCGGAGGUUACUGCAUUAGCUGUCCGCGACGCAUGGAGGACACCAUAUAUGACUGAUGAUCCCGGUUUCUUGUACGAUCUCGUUAAUAAUAUGAAGCGGAAGAAGUGGGCGGAAAACCAGCACAGUGACGAUUACAGCAAUACUGUCGCGAUGGUGCAGAGCUCUGGGACCGGUAAAUCUAGGAUGGCCGACGAGACGGCACGCCUCGUUUUUACUUUUCCUUUCAACCUACGUUCUGACCAGGAGUCCGAGACCAUGGCGUAUCCUUUGCCUGAUCCUACCGUCCGUGACUACAUGCUUGCUACAGACAAUAAGGACCGUGCUCGUAAGCGCUACCAUAUCUUCCUCCAGUGUCUCUUUCGAUUGGCGAAGGAGGAGCUCGAAGCCCUUUACCAGGGUCCCAAAAUCCCUCAAGAGAAAUUGGCAGGUAUAUGGCGGGAGCACCUAGAGAACAAAGCUGUACGCGAUGGGUUCUAUGGGCGCGUCAUCGAGGCGGCUUCGAUUCUUCUUUUGGAAAGCACGGCGACCACGAUAGAUGUGAUCAAAAAUGCAGCCAUUCAAGAGAUCUCGCAGCUCAUUCUCACCCUCGAUUCUGUGGUCGACAACCUGACAGCGAGCGUCAAGGUCCUCCUAUAUUUUGACGAAGCCCAUCCGCUGACUUCGACCAAGUGCCUCGGGAGUAUGGAUACUCUCUACCCGCUCCUACUUUCGGUUCUGAGUGAUUAUGUUCGCUGUGCACUCUUCGUUGUAUUUCUUUCGACCACUUCUCAUGUCGCUGAUUUCGCACCUCCACGGGAGGCUACGAAAUCCAUUCGUGCCACAGAGAGUGGAGCGCAUCAAGCCCCCAUUACUGAAACUCCCUUCGAUUGUGCUCCUGAUAUCCGUGUCAAGCAGAAUACUUACACCCGGCGGGAUGUCGCAGACGUGCGAUUCAUGUCCCGAUUUGGUCGUCCUUUCUUCUGGUCUUUCUUUUCCCAGAUCAAAGACGCAGAUAUGGAUCGGUCCAUCCGUUCGUUCCUCGGUGUUGUGCGCAGUAAGCUACUCCACAAGAUGAAUUAUGGGAAACCACUUGAGGAGUGCAGUGAGCUCGGACGGUUGGCGGUGGUGGAUGUACGACUCUGCCUGCAGUAUGAACCACAUGUCGAAGGGAACCGAGCGAUGGACACGCAAGCGCGCCUCGUCGCAAGCCACAUGCGCCUCGCCUAUUCAGUCCCUACACAUCGUCAAUACCUUCGCUCUGGUUAUUCAAGCGAACCGAUAUUAGCGGAGGCUGCCGCACAGCAACUACAUGAUUGGCGCCAAAACAGAAGGACAGCGUUCCUCGAUAUUCUCCUCGAACAUAUGCAAAGCGGCCUUCUGGACCGAGGUGAACGGGGAGAGGUCGUCGCUCGUAUGCUCGUCACCGAGGCCUACGACCGCGCCGUAGCGGAGAAUGCGACCAAUGAGCAGACCCUCCUUUUCAGCUUCGGUUGCCGCGUUGUGAACUUCAUAAGACAGUUAUUCUCAGCAGCUCGUGCUGAAGCGAUCCUCAAAAGCAAGCCUGCGAAUUGCGAUGGAAAGACGUUUGAAGAAGUCUUCGGCGACGCAUGGAUUCGGUUCACACAUUUCGCCAAGUCCGCCGACGAUCACAUACUCAACACGCACUCGAUGUUCGCAGCUUUUGCUCGAGGCAUGGCGUACACUUGCCGGAACGGCGAAAGCUUCAUCGACUUCAUCACUCCCAUUCUGCUUUGGGACGCGAAGCUCAGCUCGUGGGUCAUGUCCGCCAUUUUCUGGCAGGUCAAACGACGCGUCAGAGCUGGGAACUACGAGAUAGAUGCUGAAGCUCUAGGCUUCUUCCAUCCCGAGCCCGAGGGCACGUUUCCACAGGGCGAUAAUCGCCCAUACAUCACGAUCGUCAUGGAUCUCGGUGUGCAGAGCCCAAUCCCGACUUACGCCAAGCCUGCGGCCCAGAAGGUGAUUCAGAAAAGCAAGACAGCCGAUGGACGAAAGGGCGUCCCUCAGGUAUCGGCCUCUUACCCGCAGACGAGAGCGCCGCCUGCUAGCCCUUCCAAAUUCAAGGUCUCCGCCCGGCCCGAGAAGCUUCGUCCCCUCCCCGGCGUAGUCCAUCCACGCUACGCGAUCUAUGUUUCCGGAUGCUCUAGCACGAACUACGGAGUUAUCGGAGAAUCUGACCGGGAGCUCUAUAGGCAGCUCCUUCGCACCAACGACUUUCUAUACGAGCAUCCACGUCCAGAGACCAUUCCCAAAGUGAUGGCACAAAAGCCUGUUUUCGCGCUCGGUUCGAACAGCUACUCCUGGGUCGAUUCGGACGUGCUCAAUCCGAAGGAUCCUGCGGCUGCUUACGACAACGACAACGACGAAGAAACUUUCCUCAUCAGUCAACACGUCGAAGCAGAUAGUCCCAUGUAAGUACAUGGACAGCGGUGAAUGUCUCUUGUCCCUGUCUAAGCAUCUUAGUAUAUUCUGUCCCCCCCUUUCCCUUUGCCCUACUUACUGCUCGAUGUCAAAUCUGUCUGCUAUUCUUGCCUG